AUGUGGCUUCCGUCCUGGCCGUGGAACAACGGACCAGCUCUUUACCCUCCCAGACUCCUGGAGGCACUGGGCUCGUUGAGCCGAUACCCCAUAUUCCCGAGCUACUACGAGCAAUCCGGUCCCUUUCUGGAAGACGGAGACACAGAGGACGAAGAAAAAAGUGACAAAAAGGACGAAGAUAAAGAGGACAGAGAGGACAACGAGGACGCUGCAGCAGCAGCUGAAACAGCAGAGUCCCAACGGGAGACAGAAGUUGUUGAUGUGUUCGAGCCGAAAUCAUCGAAACCGACUGAAGAACGACGAGCUCCUCCCAGCAGCCUCGCCCUCCGGCCACCAAAGAAGAAGAAAGUCCUGGUGGCUCCGGCGCUCAGUCUGUCGCUAGGCCGCAGCGAGUCGACGGUGUCGGACGACUUCCCCUCGGCGUUCCUCUCGCCGUCGCCGGGAGACGACGAUGACACGGGGCUGGACUUCGACCUGGACGCCAUGGAAACGCCGUCCGACUGCGAGUCGCUGCCCUUCCCCAUCUUCAACCUGGAAGAGGACAUGCGGCGGCUGGGCGUGGCCACCGGACGCCGCCGGGCGCCCGGCGCCGCUCCGGGGUCGAGGUUCGAGUCCGGGACCGAGUCCGGGUCGUGGACGGAGCAGGGCGACCUCGGCGCUCUGGAGCGGGACGACGUGGUCGACGCUAACGGCACCAGGUGGCGCUGUUUCUCCACCGGCGUCCCGCCGCAGGACAGCCGCGUCAACAUGAGCGUCCUGCAGCCGUUCCUACGCGUCCUGUCUCACGGAGGUUACUAUGGAGACGGUAUGAAUGACAUCAUCGUGUUCUCGUCCUGCUACCUGCCACAGAACAGCCUGCAGGACUACACGUACGUCAUGGAUCACCUGUUCAGGUUCGUUGUUGGGACUCUGGAUCUGAUGGUCGCUGAGAACUACGUCAUCGUUUAUCUUUGUGCUGGAGGACAGAAAGACAAACUGCCGGGAAUCAGCUGGCUGAAGGAGGUCUACACCACCAUCGACAGGAGGUUGAGGAAGAACCUGAAGGGGUUCUACGUGGUUCAUCCCACCUGGUACAUCAAAGCUCUCAUCACCAUCAUCAAACCCUUCAUCAGCUCUAAGUUCAGCAGGAAGCUCCAGUUUGUUGACAGUCUCCAGGAUCUUUCUCUCUUCGUCCCUACUGAGCAUGUGCAGAUCCCAGACUGCGUCACACAGUACGACCGCAGUCUGUCCAGGUGAAACUCUGACGUCACUUCUGUCUUUAGGUGUUAAACAUUUCAAACUGUUUUGGGUUUGUGAAGGCUGUAAACUCUCUUUUUACUCUGCUGUUGUCACAAUCGUUUUGGUGCCAAAUAAAGGAAAAUAAUUUGGAUCUUUUUCUGCUGUUUGUGUUUGAAACUGUCUCAGUGUUUCUGUGUGAAUCUUUGAUUAAUUUCAUUGUUUCCAGUUUCUGUAAAAAAAAUUAAAAUCAAAAAACUAAAAACUUCAGCCGUUAGUUCUCUGAAA